UUCAUCAAUACACAACAUUCAGUGAUGAGCAGAACUGACAGCUGAAUGGAGGCGAAUUGGUUCCUUGAUUUGUGGUUUAAAUAUUGCAUUUUGUAGAAAAUGAAAUGGAGAACGGUUAAUUUAGAUAUAAAGAAGCAUUUGUGGGUAAUUGGUAGAUACAACUGGACAUGAGUGGCCAAUGUUUACAUUUUCUAGUGCACAUGUCUUUGGAAUGAAAUUGAAAGUGGCUAGUAUUUUGAUGUGUAGAUGAUGAACAUGGGCAUACUGAAUAUUUUAGUUUUCACUUUAUGUAUUUAUUACACGUUUGGAGAUGAAAAUAAGAAACAUUUUGUAAAUGAAUGGGCAGCAGAAAUUCAAGGUGGAAAAGAAGAAGCAAGGAAAGUGGCUUCACAGUAUGGUUAUACUUUCGUAGGAUCGAUUUUGCCAGAUAUAUAUCUACUUCGUCAUUCCAGAGUGUCAAAGCGCUCCAAAUAUCCUAGUACAUAUUACCACAGAUACAUUGCUCAACAUAAAAAUGUGAUAUGGUUGGAACAACAAGUUGCCAAGUCCAGGAGAAAGAGAUUUAUACAAUAUCAGGAAUUCAAUGACACAAAAUGGCGUAACCAAUGGUACCUUAAUCGUGGGGAUGGUAUGGAUAUGAAUGUUCAGAAGGCGUGGGCCAUGGGGGUGACUGGGAAGGGCGUGGCAGUCACUAUUCUGGACGAUGGCAUUGAGACAGAACAUCCGGACCUCAAACGCAACUAUGAUGAAAAGGCAAGCUAUGACGUAAAUGGCCAUGACCCAGAUCCCACUCCGAGAUAUGACUACAAGAAUGAGAACAGACAUGGGACACGGUGUGCAGGGGAAGUGGCUGCCCAGGCGAACAACAGUGAGUGUGUGGUCGGAGCCGCCUACGACGCAAGGAUAGGAGGUGUGCGAAUGUUAGACGGUGAUGUCACAGACUCGGUGGAGGCAACCUCUCUCGGCCUUAACCCUCAGCAUAUCCAGAUCUACAGUGCGAGCUGGGGACCAGAUGAUGAUGGCCGCACAGUGGAUGGUCCGGCAACACUUGCCAGCAAAGCUUUUUUUGAUGGCGUCACCAGGGGUCGCGGAGGUCUGGGAUCCAUCUUUGUGUGGGCGUCAGGGAAUGGGGGUCGGGAUGAGGACAGCUGUAAUUGUGACGGCUACACUAACUCCAUCUACACAUUGUCAAUCAGUAGUGUAACAGAGAGCGGGAAGAUCCCCUGGUACUCUGAGGCAUGCUCCUCCACACUCGCUACCACAUACAGCAGUGGCUCCACCGACGAAAGACAGAUUAUGACAACAGACAUUAAAAAGAGUUGUACAGAAACCCACACUGGGACGUCUGCCAGUGCUCCGUUAGCUGCCGGACUCUGUGCACUAGCGCUACAGGCAAAUCCGAUGUUAACCUGGAGAGACUUACAACACAUUGUUGUCAUGACUGCCAAGCCAGAUUACCUACAUGACCCCACCUGGACAACCAAUGGUGUCGCACGCAAAGUGAGUCACUCAUUCGGGUAUGGUCUGAUGGACGCUGCGGGUAUGGUUGAGCUAUCCCGAAACUGGACCACUGUGCCACCUCAACAUAUAUGUGAGAUUCACUCAAACGACACUGACAAGCCAGUGCCAAUGAAUGGUAAGAUCUCUGUGCCACUGUACACUGAUGGAUGUGAGGGGACACAGUACGAGGUUCGCUACCUGGAGCACGUGCAGGCUCGUAUCACCCUGAAGGCCUCCCGGCGGGGUGAUAUCCAGAUCUACCUGACCUCACCCAUGGGCACCCGCUCCACCCUGCUGGCCAAGAGGAGCCAGGACACGUCCCGGGAGGGCUUCAACAACUGGGCCUUCAUGACCACCCAUAACUGGGGCGAGCUUGCUAAGGGCCAGUGGGUGCUAGUGAUUGAGAAUGCAGCAAGAUCUUCGGAUGUGUAUAAUGAAGGUCUCGACGGCUUCGGUGGGGCUCGCCUCAAGAACUGGUGGCUCGUGUUGUAUGGAACGGAGCGGAACCCACAGCAACCGCAGACAAGCUCCACGACAACGACAACCACACCUGCUCCCACGACGACUGUAAAGAUCAGCCGACAACGUAAACACAAUCCCCCACAACUCUCACCUUACUAUCGAUUUGACUCUGAAGGCAUCAGUUUUAGAUUACAUGAGCAAUCUAAAAAGCCAGAACCAAAAGAAGAUAACAGGAGGAAAUAUGAUAGGAUUCAAGAUGAUGAUAUUCAAAAAGAUAAUGAUACUCAACAAUCCACAAGCCAAAAUAAUGUGAAAUAUAUCUACAAUCAGUUGAGUCCUAAUGAUGAUUUUCAUCCAAAGAACAAAAAUCACAUGUGCCUGUUUGAGACCCUGGCCAAGCAGAACAAUAUGACCACAAGGCAGUACUACCAGAUGAUGAAAAAAGACCUCUCAUCAGAGGAUAUAAUAAGAAGACAUGGAGGUUUGUGUACUAGCCAUCCCACAAAUGUCAAACCAUACAACCGGGCAUUCUUGGUGAAUGCAUACAGAAAGUGCUUUUGUAAACAAACGGAGUUGAAGAAAUGGGAUCUUGUGUUACGGGGGACAGCGUCCCACCCCCAUGCCCACAAUAUUACCCCGCCUGCCAACCACGACCAGCCAUUCACUUGUAGUGGCAUCAAAUCACAUGGAGUCUGUAUAGAGUGUCGCCCUGGCUUCUACAAGCUGAAGGAUGGGUGUGUGGCCAACUGCCCUGAACAUUACUACGGCAUGAUGCAGAUGGUCCAGUUACGAUCCACAGAAAAUACCUCAAACAACCCAGGCCCCAAGUUCCAGAGACAGGGGGUCUGUCUACCUUGCCACGAGGCCUGUAGGACCUGUAAAGGCUCCAAGGAAUCUCAGUGCUUUCAGUGUACGGACGGCUAUGAAAAAGAUAAGGGCCUCUGCCAAAAGAAACUACUGCUGAAUUUCCUAGACCCAGACAUGCUUGGCUUCUUUGUGUGGGUGAUAGUACUGUGUAUAGCAGCCAUUGUGCUGUUUGGUGUUAUAUUUGGGUUGCUUCACGCCCGGGACCGGCACCUGCUGUGCUGGAAGGGCAAGGGGAAAGAAGCGGGGAAGGGCGACUUCUCCCUUACACAGGAGGAAAUAGACACUGAUGUCCACAACUUUGACAUCAUUCGUAACCGCAAUUUCAGGCAUGCCAGUAUUCCGGAGAGCAGUGAUCCCCUGUGUACUGUACAUGUCAAUCAGUUAGAAAAUGACAUAUAUUUACGUGAUUUAACACAGUCAUAUAGACUGGACCACAAGGCCAGUAGAGACAAUGUUGCCCGCCAUAGUGGCAGCAGCAGUAACCGCAGUAGCCAGCUGGAUCGUGAUAGUAUUUCUGUAGUUGAUAACAACAGCAGUGCUAACAGAUACAGUGAUCAUAGGAAGACGAGACAUUCGGACCGCAGCAGUGGUCGCAAGUACAUGGACAGCUAUGUGACUUAUGACAUCAACAGUACCCUGACCCAGGCCAUGGGAAGGGAGAUGGGGGGUAAGACAGCCAGUGUGGGCCAGGGGCUGGUCAGCCAUGGCCAGGGACACUCGAACUUCCACAGCACCCGGAGUACCGGCAGUCUCAGACACCAGUACACCUAGUCUUUGUGGCCUCUAGAAUGCAUGUGUAUACUUUACUAUUGUCACUAUGUCAGCAUUAGAUAUCUCUAUCUCCACUUAGUUUUUGGCAUAUUGAUAUUCAUUUGGUAUCUGUUAAUUUUCUUGAUAUUAAAUCUCAAAUCAAAAUUUUCUUGAAGGAAAUGUUGCAAUUGAAGCACAUAUACUCAAUAUACUCUAUUAGUAGUUAUUGUUGACAUGAAAAUGUUAGAUUCAAUAAAUAUACAGAUCAACUCUGUUGAGAGUGAAAUCCACAGGGUAGAGUGCAAUAUUGUCUCAUACUGGGUACUCAUACAAUGCAAUAUUUACAUCUCUCUGUCACCAUUGUAGGGCAAGCUUUGAAGACUUUCUCUUCUAGAAAAAUCCAGAACAGUUAUCAGGUUGUUUUGCAUAAUGUUUUGUUAAAAAAAAUAAUAGUUGCAUAAUUUGCAAUUUUUCUUCAUUUAUUUCACAGACCAGCUUUUUCAUGUCAUAAAGGCUUAACUAUUCGGAUUUGUCUAGCCUUCUCAAUUCAGAUAAUAAAACACAGUCACCUGAAAAUAGUCAACUUAAUGUAAGUGCCUAGCAAGAUUAUGCAAAUUAUUGUGUUUUCUACCCUAGCCUUCUACUUGACAUCAUCAUGUUCCCAGACAUUUUAAUCUUGCCACACAUUUUGCAUCAUAAAUGCCUUGUUAUUGUAAACACCUAUCACAUUUGAGCUAUGUACAGAACAUAAGUGUUUCUUUUUAAUGAUAAUUGCUGAUUGUCAGUAAUUAAGCCAAAAAGUAUAGAAAUCCGCCACAAUUACUUGAUAUAAAACAUGCCAUUUGAUAUAUGCCUAGUCAUAUCAAAUAUGUAGUGAUGUUCAACUGUCUGUCGCUGUAAUUCAUCUUCAACUAUCCAGUAAUAAAGAAGUUCAUUUGAUGUUGAAUGUCUGUUAAAAGACCAUUUAUAAUUCCAGAAUGUGUUUAUAUUUUCCAAUUAGUGUUUAAGAAGUACAUGUAAUAAAAUUUGUUUGGGUCACAAACUCUCACAAUAGCCAACCAGAAGUAUCAUGUUAUGAACAAGGUAACAUUGUUAUUUAGUUAUAUGAGUAAGGAAUUAGCUGAACAAACUAGCAGAUGUCAAAUGAACUUCUGUCACUCUAGAUGGUUGAAUGCUGCAAACGUCUGAUCUUCUAGACCAGAUUUAUCAUAACAUCAAAAUUGUCGCUCAAAUCUGCCUGAAUGUUGUUUGUAUAACAUUAACUAUGGUCCUAAAUCUUGUUGCUUUGUUUAAAUUGUAUACAUUGGCACUAACUGUAUGAUAUAUCUUGUACAUAAUAGAUAGUUAGUAUAUGUAUAAAUCUGGUACAUGUGUGCAUUAAUUGUACAUGAUAUUAAUGAACCAUUUUGUGUUCAAAUGUAUUGUUAUGUAAAAUAUUACACAAAUGUUUAUGUACAUUUUCUUGACUUUAAUUAAGAUAUUAUCUCUUACGCAAAGACAUCUAUAUAUACAAUCUUAUACUUUUGUCAAAACUUCAGCUCUUGAAGCGUUUUAGAAGUAGACAUAAAAUGCGAAAUAAUUUGUUCCUCAAACUGGAGACUGUUUGAUGAUGGCAAUGUUGAAUUGUUUUCAACUUGUGUUUCUUAUGGUUUAUGUUGAAUACAGUAUGAGAUGUUGAACAGUGUUGUGCAUCCAGACUUUAAUUAAUGAAUUGUCACCCGGCCAUUUCAUUGAAGCCUGCGUCGAGUAUGAAAACAGGUUAUUUAAUAUUUUGUGUUUGAGAUUUCUUUUUAAAUUUCUCAACAAAGCUCGAUAUUACUGUUUUAUAAAUAGAAUCAUAACAAGUUUUCUAAUGUGAGCACCAUUAGAAAUCUUUUAUGUUUAGUUUGAAUUUGAAAACAGUCUCGUACAAAGUCAUGUAAAUUUCUAUUAUCUGUAUAACUUAUCUGUUGUUGAUUGAUUAUACAUACACUUUGACAAGAAUUAGUAAAUGUGGCCUAUUCAUGGUAUCAGAUGCUUUCUGUAAUUGCCGCAACUUAUGCCAAAGAUUCGUCAUCAAUGUAUAACUUUAUUGUUGUAAGAAUUAUUGCCCUUUGAUAAAUGAUUGUUUUUACAUGUAGAUGUGUUCAAUAUUUGAACUUUUCCACAACUACAGCAAAUAGUUUUGUUAUAUCAGAUAUUCUGAUUUUCUUUAAGGCAUAUUAACCCUAGAUCCAAGGUAUGUCUCAUACUUCGUGAAUUUGGCCAGUUGAUUUGAUAUUUUAUUUCAUUUUCAAAUCAGAAUGGUCGUGCAUAUUACAAUGACCUUUGUUAUAUUGUUGUUUUGUUGAACUCAGGUUUUUAUUUAUUAUUGAAUAUUUUUGCAUUGUUUGCUUAAACUUUUGUAUUAUAUUGUUUCAUUACACAAAAUUAAUUCACUAUCUGAUAAAGAAAAAAACAAACUGAAUUAUUGAUUUUUUUUAAAUAAACUGGUUUUGUUACUGUACUUGAUAUAUUUAUUUGAAGAAGUAGAAUUGUAAAUAUAAAAAAAUGGCAUGUAUUAGGGAUUGUACACGGAUGUUUACAGAUAUUGUUGUUAUGUUGGUAACUGUUUGACUUAAUGCAGUCAUAUUUGUGUCAAUAUAAUUGAUGUUUAAACUAAACUAAAAUAUUUACUAAAUUCAUAGCGAAUAUUCAAAAAGUCAAUUUAAAUAUAAAGAUUGUAUAAACACUUAUCAAUUGUUUUGGGAUAAAAGAUAAGAAUUUUUUUAUGUAAAAUCUAAAUUUGGAUAAUAUUUAGUAGAGAAACUCAUCUGAACUCUGCUAUAGUUUGACUAUGAUACUGAUGCAGUUUGUAAAAUGGUGGCCAACCUUCAUGUUGAUAACUAUAGUUGUAUAAUUCUGUCAAUAUUUAUGUACAAUAGGUCAGUGUUGAUGAAGGAAUUUGUCCACAUGGCUAAUAAAAUAAUAAUAACGCU